CAUCAUCACAGCGAGGAAGCUGGACAGAGAGACCAUCCCCACGUACAACCUCAUCGUUACCGCUCGGGACAUGGCCAAGCCUCCCGAACCCCAACUGUCCUCAACUGUCCAGGUAAUGAUACAACUCAAGGAUGUGAACGAUAUGGCUCCGCAGUUCGUAUCACCGAAUACGACGUCGAUACUAGAAAACAUACCGCUGAAUACUGUGGUAAUGACCGUAAAGGCUAUCGACAAAGAUGAGGGUAGAAAUGGAUAUGUGGAAUAUUUUAUGACGUCAAAUCCUGAGAUCAAUGGACUAUUUUCGCUGGGCAAUGUUGAUGGUAUUCUCCGAGCUACUGGAAAAUUAGAUAGAGAAUUGAAAUCCAGCUACACGAUCAUGGUAACUGCCAAAGAUAGAGGUGACCCACCGAACCUGACUAAUUCUAAAAUCACUAUAAAUAUACUAGACGAAAAUGAUAAUAGUCCUGUAUUUGAUCCAAAACACUACAGCGCGUCUGUGCCUGAAAAUGCUAGUAUUGGUGCUAGUGUAUUACAAGUCUCCGCCACUGACAUAGAUGAAGGUGUAAAUGGAAGAGUAAGGUACUCUAUCGCAUCCGGUGAUGAAAAUAGAGACUUCAGUGUAUCUGAAGAUAGCGGAAUAGUAAGGGUGGCAAAAAACUUGAACUUUGAACGAAAAUCUCGUUACGUGCUUACGAUACGGGCAGAAGAUUGUGCGACAGAUGAUGUCAGAUAUGAUACAGCGCAACUCUCUAUAAUGAUUCAAGAUAUAAAUGAUAAUCCACCGACGUUCUUAGAUUCGCCAUAUUUAGCAUACGUUAUGGAAAAUGUUAUACCGCCAAAUGGUGGCUACAUAUUGACAGUGCAUGCAUUUGAUGCUGAUUCACCACCAUUUAAUAACCAAGUUCGGUAUUUUAUAAAAGAGGGUGAAACAGAUUUAUUUAAAAUCAAUGCAUCUUCUGGAGAAAUAUCAUUGCUUAGGACGUUAGACAGAGAAGCUCAAGACGAAUAUACACUUUCUCUUGUGGCUAUGGACACAGGUUCUCCUCCACUUACUGGUUCCGGUACUGUUAAAAUCCUUGUUCAAGACGUAAACGACAACAGCCCAGAGUUCCAAAGACAGUUCUACAAAACUACUGUGAAAGAAAACCUCCCUCCUGGAGUUGUAAUACUUAGUCCACAAGCUAUAGAUAAAGAUAUUGGAAACAACGCAAAAAUAAGAUAUUCUCUACUCGGUGAAAAGUCAGAAAGAUUUUCUAUAGACUCCGUAACAGGUGUUAUCGUAACUCAACAAAGCUUAGACAGGGAAGAAUGGGAUGUCUAUUACCUGAUAAUCAUGGCGCAAGAUUCUUCGACGACGGACCCAAAAACAGCAACUGUUAAUUUGACUAUUUAUGUUGAAGAUGAAAAUGAUAACACGCCCACUUUUUCACAAUCAAGCUACGAAGUAUUUAUUUCAGAAAGAACUACUCCAGGAGAUUUUAUUUUUGGAGCUAAGGCUAAAGACAAUGAUGUUGGUCUGAAUAAAAAAAUAUUUUAUGACCUAAGCGGCGACCAUAAAGAGUUGUUUGUCAUAAAUAGAGAAACAGGUGUUGUAAAGGCUAAAGAAAAUUUAAUAAAGUAUAAGGACAAAAACAGGUCCAACAUUGAAUUGACAAUAAUAGCCAGUGACAGUGGUAUCAUUCCCAGACAAAGUUCUGCAGAGCUCAUUCUCAUACCUAAAUCCGGAAAGAAUUUCCCUAAAUUUACUGUAAAUAGUAAACUUACAUUUUCAUUCUCGGAAGAUACUCCUGAAGGUGUGCUAGUUACUCAACUUUCGGCAACAUCUCCCAAAAGUGGUCCUGCUGGUAUGUUACAAUAUUCAAUAGCUGGUGGUAAUGUGGGGGAUGCCUUAAGAGUGGAGCCAAUAAGUGGUGAAGUAUUUAUCACUGGAAAAGGACUAGAUUAUGAGACCAUGCCAUUAUAUGAUGUUUGGUUUGAAGUAAAAGACUCUGAUAAUCCACCGCUCAAAUCAUUUAUUGAAAUACAAAUCAAAGUUACAGAUGCCAAUGAUAAUCCACCUAUUAUAAAAAAUGCAUUAUAUAACGCAACAGUACCCGAAGAAGAAUCUCCACCACAAUUAGUAGUAAAAAUUGAAGCUACUGAUGAAGACUCUAAUGAAAAUGGUAGAAUAUCAUACAAAUUAGUAAAUGAUUAUGAAGAAACGUUUGUUAUUGAUUCAGACACUGGAGAAAUAUCCACAAAUAUAGCACUUGAUAGAGAAUCUAUCCCAUUCUAUGAAAUAAUUGUUGAAGCUGUUGAUCAUGGUGUUCCACAAUUGGUUGGCACAUCAACUGUUUUGGUUACUGUUCUAGACAAAAACGACAAUCCGCCUCGCUUUACACGACUGUUUAGUGUGAAUGUUACAGAAAAUGCUGAGAUUGGUUCAUUUGUUAUUAAAGUAACAAGUUCCGAUUUGGAUACUGGACCUAAUGCUAAUGCCACUUACAGCUUCGUUGAUAAUCCAGGAGAAAAAUUUGUUAUUGAUCCUAUAAGCGGUAAUGUUACUGUCGCUAGGCCAUUAGACAGAGAACUGCAAGACGAGUAUGUGCUUAAAGUUGCGGCUAUUGAUGGGUCUUGGAGAUCAGAAACUCCGUUAACAAUAACAAUACAAGACCAAAAUGAUAAUGCACCAGAAUUCGAAUACUCUUAUUAUAGUUUUAACUUUCCGGAAUUGCAAAAGAAAAACAGUUUUGUUGGUCAAGUUAUUGCCACAGAUAAAGAUAAACAAGGCCCUAACUCGAUUAUAUCUUAUUCAUUACAACAAACUUCAGAUUUGUUUACGAUUGACCCAGCAACUGGUGAAAUUUUAAGUAAAUUCGUGAUGAAUUAUAAAAGAACGUCGGUAGAUGCGUCACCUGAAAAUACAUACUCCGUUGUUGUGGUGGCCACGGAUAAUGGUAAACCUCCAAUGUCUUCGGAAUGCUUAGUCACAAUAAAUAUUGUAGAUGCAAACAACAACAAACCUAAGUUUACUGAACAUGAAAAGUUUGUGCCAGUUCCUCUUGAUUCAACAUUAGGUGAAAAAAUAAUUAAAUUUAAAGCGGAAGAUACUUUGGAUUACGGAAUUAAUGCUGAAAUCGAAUAUUCCAUAUCUGGUGGCAAUGGAACUGCAUAUUUCUCAAUAGACAGGCUUAGUGGCUGGGUGAUCGUUAGCAAACAAUUUUAUUAUACAGGACAAUAUUAUGAACUUAAAGUCAAAGCUAUCGAUCGUGGAAUUCCACCUCAAUGGGACGAAACAUCUAUUGUGUUUGUUGUAACAGGUGAAAACAAUCACAGUCCUAAAUUCACAGCACUCAGUUAUCAGGUUAUUGUUCCAGAAAAUGAGCCGAUUGGAUCAUCUAUACUCACACUAAAGGCAAAUGAUGAAGAUGAUGGUCCUAAUGGUAUAAUUAGAUAUGCAAUAACUUCAGGAAAUGAAGAGAAAGACUUUUACGUCAAUCCUAAUUCUGGAGUAAUAAGUAUUCUACGACCUCUGGACUAUGAUUCCAUUCAAGAAUAUCGUUUAAAUAUAACAGCAAAAGAUCUUGGUUUUAAGCCAAAAGAAACAACAGCCACCGUAACUGUUAUACUGACUGACAUCAAUGAUAAUGCACCGACAUUUAAUCAAACACAGUAUGAAGCAUACUUACCAGAAAAUUCUCCAAUAAAUAGCUUUAUUUUCAAAGUACAAGCUAAAGAUAUCGAUUCGCCCAAAAAUGCCAUUAUUAAGUACAGUAUAAAAAAUGACAUGUCAUCAUUAUUUUACAUUAAAUCCGAUACUGGUGAAAUAUUUUCAAAAGAGAUUUUUGACUACGAAGAUAAAACAAAAUAUAACGUCGAAAUACUAGCAGCCAAUCCAGAUUCCCCAAUGAAAAGUACGACAAGAGUCGUAGUGCACAUUACGGGCGUUAAUGAAUACUAUCCGAAAUUUAUUCAGCCAGUAUUUCAUUUCGAUGUUUCGGAAUCUGCUGAUGUUGGUACUAACGUUGGAGUCAUACAAGCGACUGAUCAAGAUAGUGGUGAAGAUGGAAUAAUUUACUAUUUAUUGGUUGGCUCAAGUAAUGAUAAAGGUUUUAGUAUAAAUUCCCAAACAGGUGUAAUACGAGUUGCCAGAUAUUUAGACAGGGAAACGCAAAAUAGAGUCAUACUAACAGUAUUAGCCAAGAACUCGGGUGGCAUACGCGGCAAUGACACAGAUGAAGCACAAGUAAUUAUAUCGAUUCAAGAUGGCAAUGAUCCUCCUGAAUUUAUUAAGACCUACUAUGAAGCUACUAUAUCAGAAGGCGCAAGCUUAGGCCAGGAAGUAAUUCAAGUAAAAGCUGUGGACAAAGAUGUUCGCCCGCAAAAUAAUCAAUUCAGCUACUCAAUAAUAGGUGGAAAUACAAAUCAAGAUUUUAGAGUCGAUCCCCAAAGUGGAGAAAUUCAAGUAGCAAAACACUUGGACCGUGAAACUUUAUCAACAUAUUCACUCAUCGUUGGGGCAAUCGACACUGGCAUACCUCCACAAACGGGCACCACAACUGUAAAAAUAAGUGUAACAGAUAUCAACGACAAUGGUCCCGUUUUCGAUGUUGCUAGUUUUAACGGCGCUGUAUACGAAAAUGAACCACCUAACACAAGUAUUACAACACUAUCUGCGAAAGAUCCAGAUUUACCUCCUAAUGGAGCACCAUUCUCCUAUAGCGUGAUUGGCGGUAGGCAUCAAAACUACGUAAAAAUUUAUAAACAUACUGGCGUUAUUAUGACUACCAAGAAAAUUGACAGAGAAGUUACACCUUUCUUAGAAAUAACUAUACAAAUUGAAGACAGUGGAGUUCCUGUGAUGAAAUCAAAUUAUACCAUAAAAAUUAAAGUUCUUGAUCGUAAUGACAAUCCUCCUACGCCAAGAUCUGCUCACGUUAUUGUAUAUGCCUUCAACAACAAGAUCCCACACGGAAAAAUUGCUGACGUUCGUCCGAACGAUCCUGAUAUAGUUGGCGAAUACAAAUGUAAAAUUGACAAAGAUUCUACAUCCGAUGAAACGUUAUCAUUAUUGACUAUAAGAAAAGGCUGUGAUCUAUUUACGAAUGACAUACGACCAGGACAAGGCUACUCAUUUUCUGUCAUUGGUAAUGAUGGAAUACAUAGAGAUGUCGUAUCAUCAAUCAGUGUUGAAUACUUUUCUUUUGAUAACCAUACAGUUGAGCAAUCAAUAACGACAAGAAUUAGAAAUAUAUCUGCUUCUGAAUUUCUCUUACAAUAUUACCGUAAUGUAAUUGAAAUUUUAAAGAUGGGCUUAAAAGAUCAUGAAAGUGUUUAUUUAUAUAGUUUGAUUGAAGAAGAUGAAAAUCUAGAUGUAACAAUGGUUAUUAAAGGAAGCAAACAGACUUGGAAAAGAGAACAAACUGAAAGCCACAUUAAAGCCAAGCACUCAGAGAUAAGCAAAACAUUAAAAAGAGUUAUCACAGUUCCUUACUAUCCAUGUUCGACACAUAAGUGUCUCAAUGAUGGACUUUGUACUGAUGGAUUUAAAGUCUUGGAUGAAACAAAAAUAACAGAAAGUACAUCGUUGAUACUUUCAUCGCCGUUAGUGCGCCAUGAAUAUACCUGCCAUUGUACGGACCGAUUUAUCGGAAAUAACUGUGAACGUCGACAAGAUCCUUGUUCACCAAAUCCAUGCUUAUUUGGAGGCCAAUGUAGAAAGCAGGGCCAUGACUUUGUCUGUAGCUGUCCUGCUCGCCGCGAUGGCAAAACCUGUGAGAUAGAAAGAGAUGACGUUUGCAGUGGCAACCCAUGUAAAAAUGGUGGAUCUUGUAAGGAGAGCUCAGACAGAAAUUCUUUCUUCUGCUUAUGUCGUCCGGGAUACAGAGGAAAUCAGUGUGAAGCACUUGUUGACUCAUGCAGACCAAACCCCUGCAUGCACGGUGGCAUUUGUAUAAGUCUUAAGCCAGGCUAUAAAUGCAGUUGUUCAAAUGGUCGCUAUGGAAUACAUUGCGAAAGUUCUACAUUUGGAUUCGGAGAGCUGUCAUACAUGCAAUUCCCAGCCUUAGAUGCCUCCACUAACGACAUAACGAUAACUUUCGCUACAACAAAAUCGGAUUCUCUUCUUUUAUAUAACUACGGUGCCCAAACUGGAGGACGAUCUGAUUUUAUUGCUAUUGAAUUACUUGGUGGCAAACCAGUAUUUUCUUUUGGGGGUGCUCGAACAUCUAUUACAUCAGUUGCUUUACUAGAUACUGAAAAGAAUCUGGCCGAUGGAAAGUGGUACAAGUUGAUUGCUACUAGAAAUGGAAGGGUUAUAUCCCUAAGUUUCGCUGUCUGUACGGAUCAUGGCGAUGCCUGCACAGAAUGCGACCCCACCGACGAUACAUGCUACGGUGAUGACACCGGACAAGCCGGUACGCUCAAUUUUAACAACGAGCCGCUACUAAUAGGAGGUUUACACAAGGCUGAUCCAGUGCUGGAGCGUCCCGGGCAAAUACAUUCAGACGAUUUUGUUGGCUGCAUGCACAGUAUCACAAUAAAUGGACGGAUCCUGAACCUAACUAUUCCUUUGAAUGCUCGAGGGGUUGAGCCCCAUUGUGAUAGAACGGAAAAAGGAACUUGUUUCAAAGAAAAUGUUUGUGGUGGUGGUAAAUGCUUGGACCGGUGGAAAACAAACUACUGUGAUUGUGAUGGUUUAACUUCCCCAGAUUGUUCAAAUUCUCUACAAAGUAUUUCUACUGGUGAAAAUGGUGUUAUAUCUUUCGUCAUAUCUGAAAAACACAGAAGAAUGCAAUUACUCGAAACAAUUUAUGGCGGAAAUACCGUAUGGAAUAGAAAAUUAUCAAAAGGUAUAACUAAGACUGCUGUAAAAACCACCAAUCAGUCAAAACAUUUAACAUUUUUCUUCAAGAGCCAUAAAAAAGAUGGAGUUCUUUUCUACUCGGCUACAGACAAAUAUUACACCUUGAUUGAGUUGACAAAUGGGAGAGUUAGUUACUCCUCUAAACAAAACACUAUUGUCAAUGUAAGUCAAUCCGAUACCAUGAAUUCUGCAGAUGGUUACUGGCACAAUAUAACUUUAUACGCAUAUGGAAGAAGCAUAAGAUUGAUCGUAGAUAACAUAAAUGUAGGUGAAGAACUAGACACUGCAAGUGUGCACGACUUUUUAGACCCCUACCUGACCACGCUAUCCUUGGGAGGUUUCUUGCUGGGCUCCGCGUCAAAAUGCAUCACUCCCGAAAUGAAAUGCCCUAACGUUAACAUCACGUUUUGGUUGUACACCAGAAAGAAUAGAGAUCACCCAGUCGAGAUCAAAGCUGAUGAUGCCGAGUCAAUAUCCAACGCGCCUUGGGUGAAAGACGGGGCCAUAAAGGUGCUGAUACACGGGUAUACCGGACACAGGGAUUUCUCACCCAACACCGAGAUAAGACCUGUGUACCUCGACUGCUGCGACUACAACAUCAUCACCGUGGACUACAACCCCAUAACCCUAGAGCCUUGCUACCUGGAGUCAGCUCGCAAUACCGAGCUGGUCGGCAUGUGCCUCGCGCAACUGAUCGACGCCAUGGUGGGGAGAGGUUUCCAGCUGGUGAAGUUCCACAUCAUAGGGUUCAGCCUGGGCGGCCAGGUCGCGGGGUUCGUCAGGAAUUACCUGCAGUCGGGGAAGCUGGAGAGGAUAACAGCACUGGACCCAGCCCUGCCGCUAUUCGCGACGAAGGACAACCGCCGGAAGAUUGACGCCAGCGACGCUAACUUCGUGGACGUGCUGCACACUAACGCGCUGCAGCGGGGCAAGCUGGAGACGUGUGGUGUGGCUGACUUCUUCGCCAACAGCGGCAUGCAGCAGCCGGGCUGCAAGACCACGAAAGAGCAGUCGGCAUCCAGCUGCGCCCACGCGCGGGCGCCGCUCUACUACGCGGAGUCCAUAGUGAGCAGCACGGGGUUUUACGGCGCGCGCUGCUCCUCCUGGCUGCUACACGUGGUCGGCUGGUGCCAGCUGACAACAGCGGACGAGGCGCUGUUUGGGGAGCAUGUGUCUUACAACACGUCUGGCGUUUUCUUCUUCAGCACUAACUCGGAGCCGCCCUUCGCUAAAGGAUCUACGAAAGCAAGGAAUACGUAAAAUUGCUUAA